ACAAAGCAUACUUACCUGGCGUAGGGGUUACCGUGAUCAAUAAGGCGGUUCCCCCAGGAUGAGGCCCUUUCAUUGCACUACGAUCGGGCUGAAACCUGCGAUUAUCCCUAAUGUGGAUAACUCGGGCGCGUAAUUUUUGGUAGUCGGGACUGCGUACGCGCUGUCCCGGUUUUAUUCAAAAUAAACAAAGUUCUCUGUGAUAAACCCCGUUUGUGCAUGUCUCUUCUCUGCUUGAGCGAAAACUGGUGACGGUAACUAUUAGUAGUACAUUAUUUUCAGCGGUGGGGAAUGACUUCAUGGCGCGCCCGAGUUGUGAGGCGGGUAAUAGACGGCAAGCCAUGAAAAAUCACUUCUCCAAAUUAAAUAUGCUAUUUUUUCUUCAAAUGGUUUAAAUUAUUAUAAAGCUGCCAUGUUUUUGUGUUUUUGAUACUCAGCUCUAGGUUUGAUUUAUGCAUGUACCUACAAGAAAUGUAGUAGGUGAUAAAUAAAUGCGAGUAGUUUCGAUUGUUAAUAGGUAUACAAAAAAAACGUUUUGACAGAUAUAAAUUGUUCAUCGUUGCCGUUGUGACCAGUUAGUUUUUGAAAUGCAACCGAUUUUGUCGACAGAACUUGAGGCUGCCGCUGCGACCAAUCAGGCUGUCUUGGACCCACAAAAUCUAGCGAGAAAUAUUGUGCCGCGUACGAUCAUUUUAAAAAGUGGUGCGACUCAAAGAACGUAAAAUUUGAAGAAAAUGUGUUUCUAGCACAUUUCAACACAAUGGCUAAAGAGAAAAAAUGGAAAUCAUCGACCAUGGUCGCGAUAUUCCAUGAUCAAGUCGCAGCUAAUAAUCAAAAACGGAAUGGAUGUUUAAAGUUACGCGCGUUCUUGAAAAAAUCAAACGAAGGGUGUUAUGCAAAAAAAUCAAGAAUUUUUUCGAAGGAGCCGUUUGAAACCUUUUUAUUUGAAACGCAAGAUGAUUUGCAUUUAGGAUUAAAGAUUGUUUUAUUAAUUGGAAUAACUGGAGCCUGCAGAUAUGAUGAAAUGGUAAAAAUGAAAACUACAGAUAUAGAGGACAUGGGGAAUGUUGUUUUGAUUAAAAUACCGGAUAGGAAGACUAGAAAAGUUCGAUCGUUCACAAUAAUUGGAGAAAAUUACAUCAAAAUUGAUCGAAAAUACGCAGCGUUAAGACCAAAAGAUAUGCUAGAAACUCGAUUUUUUUCUAAAUACCAAAAUGGAAAAUGCUGCAGAAGUGUAAUGGGAAUACACACUAUUAGCAGUGUUCCUGGAAAGGUUGCAACUCUCUUAAAAUUAAGUAAUUCAAAAGAAUACACAGGUCAUUCUUUAAGACGCACUUCGGCUACACUAUUAAUUGAUGGAGGAGGUAAUAUUGAGUCGCUAAAACGGCACGGGGGCUGGAAAUCAAGUAGUGUAGCAGAAGGCUACAUAGAGGAGCCGUUGCGAAAUAAAAAUGAUAACGCAAGUAAAAUUGAAGGAAAGAAGUUAUAAUAACACCUAGUGCCAGCAAAACAAAUGAUAUUGAACCAUCAGCAUCUCAUGUGAUUGCAGAAAAUUAAACUUCGUCUGCGCAGACUUUUACAAUACUGCAUGGUUUUAAUUUUCAAAAGGCAACAUUGACAAAUUGCACGUUUAAUAUUAGUUUGACAAAUAAAAAUGACGUUUAAAUUCUUA